UAAUUCUUCUCCUUACAUCUCGCAAUCCCGAUUUCCAGUUCCAGCGAUAGAUAGGGCAAAGAUGAAGGCGACGGUGAAGGGCCGGUACGAGGUCGACAAGAGCGUCGCCACCGCCACCCUCGCCGUGCAUGCCGGCGACGCCCGCCUCAAGACCUCCUUCACCGACGCCACCUUCGCCGGCGGCCCCUCCCUCGAAGGCCUCGUCCUCUCCGUCGAGAAGCCCGGCGCCUUCAUCCUCGACUACAACGUCCCCAACAAGGAUGUGAGGUUUCAGUUCAUGAACUCGUUCAAGGCGGUCGACAAGACGGUGAACUUGACCUACACGCAUGCGAGAGCGGCUAACCGGACGGCGCUGGACGGGUCGCUGGUGUUCGAUCCGGCGAACAAGGUAUCGAUGAACUAUGCGUUCGGGUCGGGGAACUGCAAGGUAAAAUAUUGGUACGCGCACGGCGAGCUGAGACGCUUGGUGUUGGAGCCGUGCUAUGAUGUGUCGAAGAACGCGUGGGAUUUCGCCUUGACCAGGAAGUUCGAGGGUGGUGAUUCCCUCAAGGCGACCUACCAGACCACGACUAAGAAUCUCGGAUUGGAGUGGAAUAGGGACUCCAAGGACAGCUCAUUCAAGAUUUCAGCAUCAUUCAAUUUGGCAGAGCAACAGAAGUAUCCAAAAUUAAUGGCUGAGAGCACUUGGAAUUAUGAAAUAUGAGCUUGUCGCAGUGGUUUCUCUCGUGUCGUACUUUCUAUUGUUUUUUACAGUCAAAUAACAGUAGUUAUACAACUCAUUAUGUUUAAUUCUGUAACUUUAUUUCGAUCAGGUAACAUUUGGAUAAGCAAUCAAAAUUACUGCAACAAUUCUGAAACUGGUAACAAUCAAUUUUUGUUACCAGUUUUGUUAUCAAUUGGUAAAUUAUCUUGUA